GAGAAAGCACAGAUUUAAAGAUGGCCAGCGUACGACUAAUCGGUGCGGCUCUGCAGCGAAAUGUGACCUUUGGACAGGCGCUACGGUUGAAGGCGCUGCAGUCUCAGAUGCAUCCGCGUUACCUGGCCACAGCGGCCGCGACCGGCAAACACAUGAAGACACGGAUCGUGGACAACGUGAUGGUGAUCACAUUGGACUCACCCGGCGUGAAGGUGAACUCCCUAAACGCUGAAGUACAGGCCGAGUUCGAUGCCGUCCUGCGUGAGGUCGAAACCAACCCGGCGGUCAGCUCGGCGGUGCUAAUGUCCGGUAAACCGGGCUGUUUCGUUGCCGGUGCCGAUAUCACCAUGCUCGAGCAAUGCAAAACCGUCGAAGCGGCUACGAAGGUGUCGCACGAGGGUCAGCUACAGUUUAGCAAGCUGGAAAAGUCCCGCAAACCCGUCGUGGCGGCCAUCAACGGUGUUUGUCUCGGUGGUGGGCUCGAGUUGGCGCUUGCUUGUCACUACCGUGUGGCGUUGAAGGACAAGAAAACCGUCGUUGGUCUGCCGGAGGUGAUGUUGGGAUUGUUACCGGGUGCCGGUGGUACCCAACGGUUACCGAAGCUUACCUCCAUCCCGACGGCACUGGAUCUGGCUCUCACGGGAAAGUCGGUGAAGGCUGACAAAGCGAAGAAACUGGGCAUCGUGGAUUUGCUCGUGAAUCCGCUCGGACCCGGACUGAAACCGGCCGAUCAGAAUACGCUCGAGUACCUGGAGCAGGUUGCGAUUCAGGUCGCGAAGGAUCUUGCCUCGGAGAAGCUGAAGGUGAAUCGUCAGAAGACGGGCAUCGUGGCGAAGGUGACCGAGUUUGCGUUCGGCAUCGAGUGGGUGAAGAACAAGGUGUUCGAAAAGGCACGCGAGCAGGUUAUGAAGAUGUCCGGUGGGUUGUAUCCCGCACCCUUGAAGAUUCUGGAUGUUGUGCGCGUCGGUGUGGAUAAAGGUCAGGAGGCCGGGUAUGAAGCCGAACGUAAGGGUUUUGGUGAGCUUUCUCAAACACCCCAAUCGAAGGGACUGAUCGGACUGUUCCGUGGUCAGACUGAGUGCAAAAAGAACCGCUUCGGCAAGCCAGCAAACCCCCCGAAAACGGUUGCCGUUUUGGGAGCCGGUCUGAUGGGUGCCGGUAUCGUGCAGGUUAGCAUCGAUAAGGGCUAUCAGGUUGUCAUGAAGGACACCACUGAAGCCGGUUUGGGACGUGGAAUUGGACAAAUCCAGGCUGGACUUCAGGGAGCGAUCAAACGCAAGCGGAUUAGCGCGAUCGAGCGUGAUCAGAUCCUGUCGAACCUCACCUCCACGCUUAGUUACGAACCGUUCCGGAAGGCCGACAUCGUCAUCGAGGCCGUGUUCGAGAACAUCGACAUCAAGCACCGAGUGAUCAAGGAACUGGAGCAGGUCGUACCGAAGCACUGCAUUAUCGCCACGAAUACGUCCGCCAUCCCGAUCUCGAAAAUCGCUGCCGGCAGUUCUCGUCCGGAGAACGUGGUCGGCAUGCACUAUUUCUCCCCCGUUGACAAGAUGCAACUGUUGGAGAUCAUUACGCACCCCGGCACGUCCAAGGAGACUGCAGCGGCCGCCGUUGAGGUGGGUUUGCGACAGGGCAAGGUCGUUAUCACCGUUGGAGAUGGACCCGGAUUCUACACGACGCGCAUCCUCUCGACAAUGCUAUCGGAAGCUAUCAGACUGCUGCAAGAGGGUGUCGAUCCGAAGGACCUUGAUAAGAUGACGAAAUCGUUUGGCUUCCCCGUCGGUGCAGCCACGUUGGCGGAUGAAGUCGGUAUCGAUGUCGGAGCGCACAUUGCCGUGGAUCUGGCGAAGGCGUUUGGUGAUCGCUUCUCUGGCGGCAACCUUGGAGUGAUGGAGGACCUCGUGAAGGCCGGUUUCAUGGGACGCAAGUCCGGCAAGGGUGUGUUUGUGUACUCGGGCGGUCGUAGCAAGAACCGCGAGGUGAACCAGGAUGCUUUGGCUAUCUUGAAGCAGAAAUAUGCGCUGCAGUCACGCGGAGCCAACAGCGUGGAAGAUAUGCAGCUGCGUAUGGUGUCGCGCUUUGUCAACGAAGCCGUCCUGUGUCUGGAGGAGAAAAUCCUCGACAGCCCGCUCGAGGGUGACGUUGGUGCUGUGUUCGGUUUGGGCUUCCCUCCAUUCACCGGUGGACCGUUCCGGUGGGUUGACCAGUACGGUGCUGAGAAGCUCGUUGGCAAGAUGCGAUCGUACGCCGACCUGUACGGAGCACCGUUCGUACCGGCUCAGACGCUGGUCGAUAUGGCCAAGGAUUCGGGCAAGAAGUUCUACCCGAGCAAGUAAAGACAAUCGCUCGAGCGUCGCUAGUAAAUAAGCUUUAUCGUGUAUCAUCGACCUUCGAACAUCAAGAACACACCUCAUUCGUGUAAGGGACCUCCUAGGCAUUAAGUACGUAGGGAAGAAAACGCUAUUUUUCUGUAAAACUCUAGUGUUCCAAUUUUCUGGAUCAUGGACCGUGUUAAUGGGCGUCUCCGAGCUUGGCGCAGAUUAUUACACCAUCGGUCUCCUGUUUAGCAUAAAACGAUAUUUUGUAUGUCUUUUUUGUUUGGUUUGCUUUAUGUUAACUAUUGCAUUUUUAAAUAAAUUUUAUUAUU